GCCCGGCCCGACCGGCCCUGCCCCGCGCUCUGCAGGCAGCCCGGCCCCCAGUUCCCAUCACCGAGGCCGCUGUCCUGCAUGGUCCCAAUAGAAGGGGACCUAGUUGUGCGUGACUCCGUCUUCCGCCCGCCCUGCUGGCGUUGGCGCGAAGGACGUGUCAGAGAGGCUCCAGGCGGAGGCACCACAAUCCCCUCGAGGCAGUAGCCGGGAGCGGAGGGCUAUCGGGGAAACCUCUCGCUCGUCCUCCUCUGGGAGAGCGAGAUCACUGGCUGCCGUGAGGUUGCCCCUGCGGAUCGCCCCCACGCACUCAGUUCCAUGGGAUGCCUCUCUUUUGCGGCUGGUCCCGCCGGGCGCUCGUUCCUCCGUGCACCGUGAGCGGGCAGCGGCCCUGCUGGCAGGACAAGCAAGUCUCUUUCGAGCCUUGGGCGCCUCACGCCUUUGGAGAGCUGCACUGCCGUAGCAACGGGACAGGAGUGGGCUUUGCCUUGAAGGAUACCGUAACAGCAGAGCGGCUGGGACGGUUCUGCUUGCUGUUGCUUGUCACUGUGCCACCUUUCUUCCCGUGGGGGUGGGUGAACAGUGGAGCGUGCACGAGACACAAUGCUAAGAAAUUAGAAGUUCUGCCUAUGGAUGAUCGUAUUUUCUCCUCUAGAAGAAGUGGGCAAAGCAGUUAGGAACAGGAAACAACGAAUAUAGCAACAGAGAUGGAUGAACAAGCCCUUUUAGGCCUCAACCCGAAUGCCGAUGCAGACUUCAGACAAAGAGCGCUAGCCUACUUUGAGCAGCUCAAGAUAUCUCAGGAUGCUUGGCAAGUCUGUGCAGAAGCAUUAGCUCAGAGUAUAUACAGUGAUGAUCAUAUCAAGUUCUUCUGCUUUCAAGUUCUGGAACAUCAAGUGAAGUUCAAAUACUCUGAACUUACUGAAGUUCAGCAGCAGCUAAUUAGGGAGACACUCAUAACAUGGCUGCAAGCACAGAUGCUGAAUCCCCAGCCUGAGAAGACUUUUAUUCGCAACAAAGCAGCACAAGUCUUUGCAUUGCUUUUUGUUACUGAAUAUCUCACAAAAUGGCCCAAGUUUUUUUUUGACAUUCUGUCAGUAGUUGACCUUAAUCCACGAGGUGUGGAUAUGUACCUCAGAAUCCUGAUGGCUGUCGAUGCUGAGCUGGUGGACCGGGAUGUUGUUCAUACAUCAGAGGAGGCUCGUAGGAACACCUUAUUGAAAGAUACUAUGAGGGAACAGUGCAUUCCAAGUUUGGUGGAAUCGUGGUACCAAAUCUUACAAAAUUACCAAUAUAAUAACUCAGAGUUGACAUGCCAGUGCCUUGAAGUAGUUGGAGCUUAUGUCUCCUGGAUAGAUUUGAGCCUGAUAGCCAAUGAAAGGUUUAUAAAUAUGCUGCUAGGUCACAUGUCUGUGGAAGUUCUCCGGGAAGAAGCCUGUGAUUGUUUGUUUGAAAUUGUAAAUAAGGGAAUGGACCCAAUUGAUAAAACAAAACUGGUUGAGUCUUUAUGUCAAGUAUUGCAGUCUGCUGGCCUCUUCAGUAUUGAUCAGGAGGAUGAUGUGGAUUUUCUGGCCAGAUUUUCUAAGCUGGUCAAUGGGAUGGGGCAAGCAUUAAUAGCUAGUUGGACUAAACUGAUAAAAAAUGGUGACAUGAAGAGUGCCCAAGACACUCUACAAGCUAUUGAAGCAAAAGUGGCCCUGAUGUUGCAACUUCUAAUUCAUGAAGACGAUGACAUCUCUUCUAACAUCAUUGGCUUUUGUUACGACUACCUUCACAUCCUGAAACAACUUUCUGCACUUUCAGACCAACAAAAAGCUAAUGUAGAGGCAAUCAUGUUGGCUGUUAUGAAGAAGUUGACAUAUGAUGAAGAAUAUAAUUUUGAAAAUGAGGGUGAAGAUGAAGCAAUGUUUGUGGAGUACAGAAAACAGUUGAAACUGUUGCUGGACAGACUUGCUCAGGUUUCACCAGAAUUACUGUUGGCAUCUGUCCGCAGAGUUUUUAACACUACACUUCAGAACUGGCAGACUACACGAUUUAUGGAAGUAGAAGUGGCAAUAAGGUUGCUGUAUAUGUUGGCUGAGGCUCUUCCUGUAUCUCAUGGUGCUCACUUCUCUGGUGAUGUUACUAAAGCUACAGCUUUACAAGACAUGAUGAGAACUCUGGUGACUUCUGGUGUUAGUGCCUAUCAACACACAUCAGUGACCCUGGAAUUUUUUGAAACCGUGGUUAGAUAUGAAAAAUUCUUUGCUGUUGAACCUCAGCACAUUCCAACUGUACUAAUGGCAUUUUUAGAUCACCGUGGUCUUCGUCAUACAAGUCCCAAAGUACGGAGUCGAACUGCUUACCUCUUUUCCAGAUUUGUCAAGUCUCUUAAUAAGCAAAUGAAUCCCUUUAUUGAAGAUGUUCUGAACAGAAUACAAGACCUGAUGGAACUGUCUCCUCCUGAAAAUGGCUACCAGGCACUGUUAAGCAGUGAUGAUCAACUUUUCAUUUAUGAAACAGCUGGAGUGUUAAUAGUUAACAGUGAAUACUCUGCAGAAAGAAAGCAGGUUCUGAUGAGGAAUUUGUUGACUCCACUGAUGGAGAAGUUCAAAGUAUUGUUAGAAAAACUGAUGAUGGCACAAGACGAAGACAGACAGAUGGCACUGGCUGACUGCCUCAAUCAUGCUGUUGGAUUUGCUAGCCGAACCAGCAAGGCUUUCAGCAAUAAGCAAACUGUAAAACAGUGUGGAUGCUCAGAGGUUUAUCUGGACUGCUUACAAACAUUUCUGCCAGCUCUCAGCUGUCCGUUACAAAAGGAAGUUCUGAGAAGUGGUGUCCGCACUUUCCUUCACCGCAUGAUUAUUUGCCUAGAGGAAGAAGUUCUUCCGUUCAUUCCUUCUGCCUCUGAACACAUGCUUAAAGAUUGUGAAGCAAAAGAUCUUCAAGAAUUCAUUCCUCUUAUAAACCAAAUAACAGCUAAGUUUAAGACACAGGUUUCACCUUUUCUGCAGCAGAUGUUUAUGCCACUACUCCAUGCUAUUUUUGAGGUGUUGCUCCUUCCAGCAGAAGAAAAUGACCAGUCUGCAGCUUUAGAAAAACAAAUGUUACGGAGGAGUUACUUUGCUUUUCUGCAGACAGUAACUGGCAGUGGAAUGAGUGAAGUCAUAGCUAAUCAAGGUGCAGAGAAUGUGGAACGUGUGUUGUUCACUGUCAUUCAAGGAGCAGUGGAUUACCCAGAUCCUAUUGCACAGAAGACUUGUUUUAUAAUUCUUUCUAAGUUGGUGGAGCUCUGGGGUGGUAAAGAUGGACCAGUAGGUUUUGCAGACUUUGUCUACAAGCACAUUGUUCCUGCAUGUUUCUUAGCACCUUUGAAGCAAACAUUUGACUUAGCAGAUGCUCAGACAGUACUGGCUUUAUCAGAAUGUGCAGUGACAUUAAAAACAAUUCAUCUCAAAAGGGGUCCUGAGUGCAUUCAGUAUCUUCAGCAAGAGUAUUUGCCUUCUUUGCAAGUAGCUCCUGAGAUAAUCCAGGAAUUCUGUCAAGCACUUCAGCAGCCUGAUGCUAAAGUUUUUAAAAAUUACUUAAAGGUUUUUUUUCCAGCGAGCCAAGCCCUAAGGAAAGUACUGGAAUCUCAUAUAUCUGUUUCCAUAAUGCAGAACUCUGGUUUUUAAUUUAUAAAAAUGCUAACUCUUGUGCCAUUCAAACUGGUUUUGUUUUUAAGAAAUGUUGCUUUGUGCUCACAUCAGUAUGUACUUUAACCUUUGGCAAAAAAUAAAUGCAAACUCCCCACCUGUGUCUCAGACAUGAAGGUAUGUGACAACGUGAAAAAAUUAUCUGUAUACACAAACUUUUAUUAUGUAUAGGAUGAUUUAAGCUUACACUGUAACACAUACAGCAAGGAAAUUACACUUAUUUUUUAAAUUAAAUGAAUUAAAUGUAAAAAUACCUUCAGACCAUAGCAAUGGUUAUUAAAAUGUGUACAUUUUUGAUACGGAGUAAAAUGUUUUAAUAAGACAUAAAAUUCAUUUGUUCAUGUAUGGUGACAUGAAAAUAAAACAAUCAAAGUCCUUCUUGUAGAUAGUCAUUUUAUUGAAGUUGUCUUAAUGAUAAAAUAUAUAUAUACCUCCUAUAAAACAGAUUGGUGUAAUAAAUGAUUUCACUUAAAAGUAGCAUCUGGUUCUAUCUUUUUUUAUAAAAACAAUAAAAUUUGAUCCAGUGAAAUA